AUGGCACCACCUCACCAAUACCUAGCUGACACCGACGCUCCCAUCUGCCGUCUGGAGGCAAAGCAACACUUCGAAACUCUUUCCGAUAAAGAAAAGCUCUACACGCACUACCUCGCAAAGGCAUCUUGGGCCGGCACACCCAUUCUCACCAGGACGCUAUCGGAGCAUUCCACAGACCUGUAUCUGCUCUUCGUCACCCUCUUCCAGGACAGCAAGAACACCAACGUCACUCGGGAUAUCUCCGCUUUCAAAUCCGCCGCCGGCGUGUCGGAGGAGAGCUGGAAGUACUUUGUCGAGUACGCUGUGCAGGUGCUCUACAACCUUUCCAACUUCAAGUCGUUUGGAGACACAAAGUUCUUCCCUCGUCUUCCGGAAGCCGAGUUCGAGAAGAUUGUUACCGCGGCUGGAUCGUCCGCUGCCACUGCCCUGUUCAACAAAGUUCGUGGCGACAUUUAUAAGUCUGAGCCCAGCGAAUGCCUGUUGAUCGGAUUCCCGGCGGAGGGCCAUGUUUCUGGUUACUACAGUUCGAAGAUCGGCAAGUCUGAGGUGCAGGCAGUUCAAGCUCUUCUGGAAAAGCACGAGAUUUCCGCUCUCAACACUCGAUUGGUCAACGAGCACGACAAAUCGUACACCCUGUACGUGGCAUCUGCCGAGGGUGCGUCCUCCGAAAAGAUCCUGAAGGGAGAUGACGGCCUCGAAGUGAAGGUUGUCUAUGGGGACUUUUCGAAAGCAAUGGCCUCCAUCGCCGAGAACAUCACCAAGGCUAUCCCUUACGCCGCAAAUGAGCAUCAAAAGAAGAUGCUCGAGAAAUACGCGGAGUCCUUCCGUACCGGAUCCAUUGAGGCUCACAGGGAAUCACAGCGCCACUGGAUUCGCGAUGUCGGUCCCAUCGUUGAGAGCAACAUCGGUUUCAUCGAGACCUACAAGGACCCCGCUGGUAUUCGCGCGGAAUGGGAAGGCUUUGUCGCUGUCGUCAACAAGGAGCAGACUGAGAAGUUUGACCAUCUUGUCAACUCCGCUGAGCAAUUUGUGAAACGUCUGCCGUGGCCUACCGACUUUGAGGUUGACAAAUUCAUCAAGCCGGACUUUACCAGUCUCGAGGUCGUUUCCUUCGCUACGCCUGGUGGUUGCCCCGCUGGAAUCAACAUCCCCAACUAUAACGACAUCCGCAUGAACGAAGGCUUCAAGAAUGUUUCGCUCGGAAAUGUGUUGUCGGCGAAGGCGCCCAAUGAGAAAAUCACCUUCAUCAGCGACGAGGACGCUGUGCUUUACAAGAAGUACAGUGGGCCGGCUUUCGAAGUUCAAGUCGGUUUGCACGAGCUUCUCGGUCACGGAAGCGGGAAGCUGCUCCAAGAAGAAUCAGCUGGCAAGUUCAACUUCGACCACAAGAACCCUCCAAUCUCGCCAUUGACCGGAAAGCCCAUCACCACCUGGUACAAGCCUGGCGAGACCUGGGGCUCCGUGUUCAAGUCAACCGCCGCCAGCUACGAAGAGUGCCGCGCCGAAGCUGUCGCCAUGUACCUUGGGGUGGACAAGGAAAUCCAAUCCAUCUUCGGCAACACCGAUCAGCAGUUCGAGGAUAUUUUGUACGUCAUGUACCUCCACAUGGCGCGCGCCGGACUGAUGGCUUUGGAGUUCUACGACCCCAAGUCCAAGAAGUGGGGUCAAGCGCACAUGCAAGCGCGCUUCGCCCUCCUCAACGUGUUCCUCAAAGCCGGGUUCACAAAAGUCGUCCCAUCCCCCUCCGGCGACACCAUCACGAUCCAGCUGGACCGCUCGCAAAUCAAGACGGUCGGCUACAAAGCCGUCGGCGAGUUCCUGCAAAAGCUCAACGUGUACAAAGCGACCGCCGACGCCGAGCACGGAGUCGCGUUCUACGUCGACGCGACCUCCGUCAGCGACGAAUGGACAAAGUACCGUGAGAUUGCGCUGGCGAACAAGCAGCCCAGGAAAGUGUUUGUCCAGGGCAACACGUAUGUGGAUGAGCACGGCAAGGCGCAGUUCAAGGAUUACCCGGCCACUUUGGAGGGCUUUAUUGCCUCGUAUGUUGAGCGACAUGAUUUCCGGGUUUGA